AUGUUUCCUUCCAUGAUCACCAAGGCGGCGACGCUGGAAGUGAUCCAUGCAGGCGAGAACGAUCACCUAGACGGCAUCGUGCAACUGGUAAUCCAACAAGUCCUUCACAAUGCAAUCCCCCUGAUCGAGGAAUGGUCUGCCUAUAAUAAUUUGACCGAUAGCUGCCUUCAGAUGUUUGCAGAGGUCCAGACGCUGACACCACUGGUACCUACAAGGGAGCUGCACUUCCUUCGCCACUGCAAGAAGCUUGGUACCAACAAAUGGGCUAUCGUCGAUGUCUCCUUGGACAAUAACUUUGAACCGGGUGCACAAACGUCGUCGACGCUUCGCAUGUGCUUGAAGAAGCCCUCAGGAUGCAUUGUAGAAGAGCAGAGCUUGGGCCGUUGUUGCAAGGUGACCUGGGUUGAGCAUGUCAAAUGCCGCGAGGCCGCGGUUCCGUCGAUGUACCGGACGGUGACCGCGAGCGGCCUGGCGUUCGGUGCGAGGCGCUGGGUGGCGGCACUCGGUCUGCAGUGCGAGAGGGUGGUCUUCUCGGUUGCGACCAACGUCCCGACAUGGGGCUCCAACGGGGUCGCCACACUGUCAGGGAGGCAGAGCGUCCUGAAGCUCGCGCAGCGGAUGACAUCCAGCCUCUGUCGCGUCAUCGGUGCCUCCAGGGACCUGGCGUGGAGCAAGGCGUCGAACCACGGCGGCACCCGUGAGAUCCGGAGCUACGUGACUAUGCGCAAGGGGGAUCACCGCGGCAACCGGGUCACGGCAUACGCCGUGGAACCUUCCGCGGAGGAGCCGAGGGGCAAGUGGAUCCUCCAGGACAGCAGCACCAGCCCCUGCGAGUCGACCGUCGCGUACGCAACUAUCGACGCCGCGGUCCUGCAGCCGGUGGUCUAUGGGGACGACUCCAGCGCCGUGGCCGUGCUGCCGUGCGGCUUCGUGGUGAUGCCGGACGGGCGGGAGGCCAGGCCGGCGGUGACAACGUCGAGGAAGGAUAAGGAGGAGGGCAGGACGGCGGUGGAGUCCACCGGGUCGCUGGUCACCCUGGUGUUCCAAUUCCAGGCGCUGGCUGGCUCGUCGGCGACGGAUGCUGCGCUCCCGACGGAUGCGGUGAAGGCCCUAACGCGUCUGGUGUUCUGCACGUUGGGCAACAUCAAGAAAGCGCUGCAUUGUUGA